UCCCUUCAGCUCCCACAUAAACGUGUUCAAUGUGAAGAAUUGUUACACAGCAGCACCGAUCAAGUGCCGUGAUCGAUCACGAGGCAUGGCAGGAAAGGGAAAGAAGAGAGAGGUGACUGUAGCAGCGCUGCAGUUUUCCUGCACAGACGAUGUGAAGACAAAUGUCGACAAAGCCGAGAGGAUGGUCAGAGAAGCUCAUUCUAAAGGAGCUAACAUCAUCUUAAUUCAGGAGCUUUUCGAGGGAUACUACUUCUGUCAAGCCCAGCGAGAAGAUUUUUUUAAAAGAGCCCAACCCCGAGAAGGUCAUCCCACAAUUCAGAGAAUGCAAAACCUAGCGAAGGAGCUGGGUGUAGUGAUUCCUGUAAGUUUUUUCGAAGAAGCGAAUUGUGCUCAUUAUAACUCGAUCGUGGUAAUUGAUGCCGAUGGGAAAGACCUUGGACUUUAUCGCAAGUCACACAUACCCGAUGGGCCAGGUUAUCAAGAGAAGUUCUAUUUCAACCCUGGAGACACAGGUUUCAAGGUCUUCCAAACGAAGUUUGCUAAGAUCGGAGUAGCCAUUUGUUGGGACCAGUGGUUUCCUGAGGUGGCAAGAGCUCUUGCAUUGAUGGGAGCAGAGCUGUUAUUCUACCCAACAGCAAUUGGCACCGAGCCCCAAGAUGGUGAUUUAGAUUCAUCAGAUCAUUGGAAACGAGUUAUGCAAGGACAUGCUGGAGCCAAUGUGGUGCCAGUUAUUGCAUCUAACCGAGUGGGCGAGGAGAUCAUCGAAACGGAACAUGGACCUAGCAAGAUCACCUUCUACGGGAACUCCUUCAUAGCAGGUCCUACAGGAGAAAUUUUGGAAGCAGCCGAUAACAAAAGUGAUACAGUUUUGAUGUCCACGUUUGACCUCGACAGUAUUCACUACAAGCGAGCAAGCUGGGGCGUAUUUAGAGACCGACGGCCUGAUCUGUAUAAAGUUUUGCUGACUCUAGACGGCAAGCAACAGUAGGACAGCGUUUCAAGCUGUGAGGUUUCCAAGAUCGACCACUUCGAUUCUAGAGGAAUGUACAAAUCGGAAUGUAUCGAAAUGCAAUACGAGAUAUAUGUAGACGGUGCACAAGUCAAGAACCAACUGGACCAUUGGAGUCAUAUACUUCUAAGCGUUGAGUCACUUGUAACUAUACAACUGCGCAAGUCAUACUUGCAGAACAGCUGCAGGGGAUUGCUUUGGU